AUGAGUUCUUCAUUUCCAUCACAGAAACCAGAAGUGACCUUGUCCUUGAGUUUGCCGUCGAUUCCCACAAAUCCUAGUGAGGACGUAAAUCCAGAAGAGAGAGGUGUAAAAUUGAUUGAGUUGUUGCUAUCUUGUGCUGGUCAUACCUCAUCGGGUAAUCUCCACCAUGCCGAUGCCUAUCUCCGCCAGAUUUUCCAGCAUGCCUCGAUCAAUGGUGACUCCAUGCAACGGCUUUCCACCCGGUUUGCCUCCGCGUUGGCAGCUCGACUUGUUAAGCGCUGGCCUGGCCUAUAUAAGGCUCUUAAUAACACUGAGCCUGCGAGGCAUGAUCUUGACCGGGCUUGGUCCAUCUUCACUCGACAGUUCCCUUGCAUGGCCUUUGCCUACUCGAUUAUAAAGCAGGUCUUGAUCCAAGUCAUGUCUCACGAACGAAUAAUUCAUGUAAUUGAUUUGGGCUCCGGCGAUCCGAAGUUGUGGGUUCCGUUUAUACAGGGCCUAGGGCACGUCCCCAAUGGGCCGCCUCAUUUGAAAAUCACUUUUGUUAGUCAAAAUAAGUUAGCCCAAGAGAAAAUAGGGACUAGGCUUGCGAAAGAGGCUGAGAGUUUGGACAUGCCCUUUCAAUUCAACUCUGUAAAUGUUAGUCUUGGAGAGCUUACGUUAGACAUGCUUAAGGUAAAAUCAGGUGAAGCGCUAGCAUUGACAUCAAUAUCAAGUCUUCAUGUCUUAUUGGCUGAGGACGAUCGUGUCAAUUCACAUUUCGGGACUAGCAAAAAUAACGAAGUUAAGGACUCUAAGCAAAUGAAUGAGUUCUUAGCAAUUAUAAAAUCAAUGUCCCCGAAGGUAGUGUUACUAGUCGAGCAAGAAUCCGAUCACAAUCACAAUCGUCUAGUGGAUCGAUUUGUUGAAGCUUUACAUUAUUAUAGUGCGUGGUUUGAUUCUAUCAGUGUUGCUUAUGGGGAAUUCUCAUGCGCAGAUCGAACCAUGUUGGAAGAAAUGUUUGGGAAAGAGAUUGAAAAUAUUGUGGCAGGUGAAGGACUAGAGAGGGAGGAGAGGCAUGAAAGGUAUGCAAAAUGGUUGGUGAGGUUUGGUAGGGCCGGGUUCAGGCCCAUCCGCUUAUGGUCUGAAAUAAUGGAUGAGGCCCGGCGAGCAGUUGAGGCUCACAGGCUGAAGGGUUACAAGAUAAUCAAUCAGAAGGCCAGUUUGAUGAUAUGUUGGCAUGAUAGGCCCAUUUAUGCAGUGUCAGCAUGGACUUGUUUUAGCUGA